AUGGCCUCCUAUAACGAGAAAUCCGGCUCCGAUACGCCUCCUUCUCUCGAAGCAGCAGACGCUCACCAUGACCGCCCUCUCGGCAAACCAUGGAUGUACAAGAGGCUCUUCGGAGUACUCCCACCCUACGCUUCGCCCGAAUUUCAGAUCGUCUUCGUCGCAUUCGUCUGCUUCAUGUGCCCUGGCAUGUACAAUGCGGUCUCUGGUCUCGGCGCAGGAGGUGGCAUGGACCCAUACGAUGUGAACAGGUCCUCGAUUGGCUUGUACGCCACAUUCUCCAUCGUCGGCUUCUUUGGCGGUACAGUCGCAAACACAAUCGGGCUCCGCCUGACUUUGGCCUUUGGUGGCUUCGGCUAUUGCAUCUACCUCGUCUCCCUACUGGUCUACAAGCACACCAGGAAUGCCGCUUCCUGA